UGGGCACUUGUUGUUCGAAAUGGCUAUUCCUUCACUAAAGAAGGCACGAAAAAAGAGCCUCUGGUUGGUCCUCUUUCUGGCACUCUGCACCCCAUUGACCGACGCUCACACCGAUUUCGUGGGUUCAGCCUGCCUCAAAGUUUCCCCCACCAAAUUCCUCGACUCACUCACCCAAGUCAUCGCUGUCAUACGACAACUCGCAUCCAUUCUCUCACGCUUCACCUCUCACUUCGCCGACUUCCGCCUCGCCACCGCCGUCUCCGACUGCCUCGACCUCCUCGACCUCUCCUCCGAAGUCCUCUCCUGGUCCCUCUCCGCCACACACAACCCCACAGGGAAGCAUAACAGCACGGGGAACCUGAGCUCCGAUUUGAGGACAUGGCUCAGUGCGGCACUCGCGCUUCCCGAGACGUGCAUGGAGGGAUUAGAAGGCACGAACGGCAUUGUGAAGGGUUUGGUGUCUGGCGGCGUAGGGCAAGUGGUGUCGUUGGUGGAGCAGCUUCUUGCGCAGGUGCUUCCCGCAGAGGAUGAAUUUGGAGACGGCAAGGGGAAGGGGGAAUUUCCUUCGUGGGUUAGGCCUAACGAUAGGAAGCUUCUGCAAGCGAGUGGAGUGGCUCUGGCUCCUGAUGCUGUUGUGGCUGCGGAUCGGAGCGGCAACUACGCCACCAUCACUGAUGCGGUGCUUGCGGCACCGGAUUACAGCAUGAAACGGUUUGUCAUUUAUAUAAAGAAGGGGGUUUACGUAGAGAACGUCGAGAUCAAGAAGAAGAAAUGGAAUAUCAUGAUCGUUGGAGAUGGGAUAGAUGCCACCGUUAUUUCCGGUAACCGGAGUUUCAUCGACGGUUGGACCACUUUCCGAUCACCUACAUUCGCGGUGAGUGGCAGAGGAUUCAUAGCAAGAGACAUUUCCUUUGAGAACACGGCAGGGCCGGAGAAGCACCAAGCAGUGGCACUAAGAUCAGACUCUGACCUCUCCGUGUUCUACCGAUGUGGGAUUUCGGGUUACCAAGACAGCCUAUACACCCACACGAUGCGCCAAUUCUUCAGAGAAUGCAGAAUCAGAGGCACAGUGGAUUUCAUCUUUGGGGACGCCACUGCCAUGUUCCAAAACUGCGCAAUAGAGGCCAAGAAAGGGUUGCCAAAUCAGAAGAACACGAUCACAGCUCACGGAAGAAAAGACCCAAAUGAACCAACCGGUUUCUCCUUCCAAUUCUGCAAUAUCAGUGCAGAUUCGGACCUUGUAGGGUCAGUUAGCACCAGGCAAACGUACCUGGGAAGACCAUGGAAGAGUUAUUCGAGAACCGUUUUCAUGCAGUCGUACAUGAGUGAGGUGAUAAGAGCAGAAGGGUGGUUGGAGUGGAAUGGGAACUUUGCAUUGGACACGUUGUACUAUGCUGAGUACAUGAACACUGGACCAGGUGCAGGAGUGGCUAACCGUGUCAAGUGGCCAGGGUACCAUGCAUUGAAUGAUUCAAGUGAGGCUAGUAACUUCACAGUCACUCAAUUUAUUGAAGGGAAUUUAUGGUUGCCUUCUACCGGAGUAACGUAUACCGCUGGAUUCACGGCUUAACAGAAACGCUUGCCAAAUCAUGGCAUCCUUGUACUUAUAUCAAAAUUAUUACAUAUUCAAGGUGGUUCUUUAUAUCAGAAAAAAAAAUUAUUAAAAAACAAAAGGUGAAUUGGGCCCGUGUUCAAUUUAAUUAACGAGUACUUGUUGAUUAUUUAAGAUUUUCCUUUUUUGGUUAUUGGAGGGUACCUAGGUGUUUUUUGGAUUUUGGAGAAAAUGGAUGUGUGCAGCUUCACCUGAGUUUUAAGGAGGUGUCAUGUUUAUAUUUAAAAUUUUCAAGUUUAA